ACGGUAUCUUGUGACAAGGAAUGCCGACGCUAUUAACUCUCUUUAUCAAAGGUUCGAAUCCUUUUAAUGAAACUGUUUAGAAUCUUUUAAAGCUCACUAUUGGGUACUUUAUUACUUCAUUUGGUAUCCGAUUUUCUAUUAGAUACAUCUUGCGUUUUGAAAAUCUUUUUCUUAACAACGAAAGAAGAUUUCCCUUAAAAUCUCGCACUAACAAUGCAGGACUAUUUACUUUAUCUUAUUUUAGUUUAUUUCCGUUUAUCUCAUUACUUUUUAUAAUUUAAUGAAAAUCGGAAUUCGCGCGUCAAAAGGAAAUAAAUAAAAUAAAUACAAUUAAAUAUGAUCUCUGGAGAUCGUAUUUAUACAUCCAACAAAUAUUUUGAUGCGCCACAAAAUUAUUCAACACGGUAUUAAAAUUAGAGAAGAAGUUGAAUGUGGAGAAUAAUUGAAUAAAUAAAAUAUAUGGAAAAUAUAUUAUGAAAUAAUGUAUUAGUAUAUCACAGUAUAUGAAUAUUUAAAAAUAAUAAGUUUCUGAUAAAACUUGUCCAAGAAUUGUUUCACCAAGGAACGGGUUGUAAUUACUUCUUGAAGUUUCGAAUUGAUUGACACCAAGUUCGAACUUUUAAUGAACAUGAACGAGGGAAAUGUGAUAAGCUUACGUCUGUAACUGUGUAAAGUUUGUCGGUAGUCGAAAAUCAAAGUUUCGUAAUUGUAAGAUAUCUGCUCUUCGAGUUUACUUAUGAUCACAAAAAACUAGCGUUCGUGGUUUAUUAAAUAAAAUUCCGUAUUUGCAGGAACAGAAAAUAGUUGCUGUAGUAACAAAACUUUUGGUCAUCUCGUUACGUAAUUGAAUUAACUUGAUCCGAGCUUGUUAUUGACUCUGGUAAUAAAAUUCUAUAUCCACGAGGUGACCCGAAAAGUAAUAUAUCCAAUAAUAUUCUCGAUUAAAUUGAUCUAGAAAAUAAUUCUGUACCUGAUAGCCAAAUCAGUUCAAUUCUCAACAAAUCAGGAAAAUAACAUAUUUCUCGUGUAAAAAAUGUAUUAAUUUUUGUUGUAUAAAAAAUUGUAGCGUGCUGAAGUAACGAAAAGUUAUUGUUACAGUGGACUGCUGUCAGUUCGCUGCGUUAUGUAAUAUACAUUCCAUUCUUCUGUUAUGAAGUAAAUGAGAAGGAAGAAUUAGAGAACUGGAAAGUAGAAUUGAAAAGUCUCUUUACCAAAUAAAUUUUAUGAAAGCAAUUUCUUGAAACUAUCUUUUUAAACUUAUAUUCAGAAGACAUUUGAAAUAUAAAACAGCUUGUUUAAAACAAAAUUGUUGGAGGACAGAGAAACUCAGGUGUAUCUGAUUUUAAGGUGACAUUGUAAUUAAAAUAGUUUACAUCAUUAAGUCUUUCUCAUUUAUGAUAUGGCGUAAGGAGAUCCCUAUUAUUCUGAUAAAAUAAAGGAAUAAUACUUAGAUACAUGAUAGAAAGAAACCUAAGUGUAGAAAGAAAGAACAGAGAGGAUAUAGAAUAAUAGAAUUUCGAAAAAUAUUAGGGUUUGAGUUAAGGUAUUUCUCAAGUAUAGAAUUUUAUAGCUGAACAAAAGAAUACGUCAGCAAUUUCUCUGUUCAAGUUGUCAACAUGAAUGGCGUAACCUGAAUAAAAGGUUCCGUAUUCGUUUAUUAUAUUCCACUAUUGUCAGAUAAUGUUAGAAAGAAUAUUUCAAGAAUGUAAAAAUGGCAACGCGCGUCUUGUUAGAAUAUUUGUAUUGUGUGACAGAAUUGAUCAUUCUCGUGAUAGUUGAAUGCUCGUAUUCGGUGUAUCGGUGCGUGUUUCGGACAGCUUUCACACAACUAAUGGGCCAGAAAUCAUUGCAAUGGGUAACAUUGUUUUCUUAAGCGAUGGUAAUACCGUUAGAUUUCAUUCAUAUUGUGUAGUGCGCGCGAUUUUAUCGAUUUUCCUCUUUUCUUUUCAGACGCAACGUUUUCUAAUCCACUGUUUAUCAUCUAAAAACUGAAUAAGGACAAAAACGUGGAAACGUAACGCUAUUAUCUCGAUACACGUUCUCCUUCUACAUUUUUAUUCUUGGCACGUUGAUAUUAAUCCUCGACUCGUGCACUCCGCAAAUACAAGAAGUACGUUUCGGCUAUGAAGAAGCUUUCUUACUCUGCCAUUUCCGUCAGAUACACCUUCCGAAACAAGCAAUUGAGAUUGCUCGUCUUGAUAGCGAUAACAACAAGCGAUAUUUAUUUCGGGAAUCCUUAACUUACAAAUCGAAGAAAUACGUGAUCCAUUUUUUGUUCCGCGAUACCGAUAAAUCCAGCUAUCGAACCAGGAAGAUAUAAAAGAACACUAAUUGCGGAAUUCUGUCAUACUUCCCGGAAGAAUGUGCAAAUGUAUGUAAAUCACAGUCAGAGGCGAAUACUUGGGGACAAUAAGACCGGAAAAGAUUCGUGAACAAUUGCGGGAUAAAAUGAAAAUUCUAAAGACGCGAAGCAAGAUUGGUAAAAUGAGAAAGCAAAUUCUUGGAAACAAAAAUUGUCACUCACACAUACGGGAACAUCAAUAAUUUGUGGAAAUUAAAUUGUAUGAAAAAUAUUUGUACUUCGUACAAUAAGAAUCGAAAUAAAGCCACGCUUUGAUGCCGUAGAGUCGUAGUAGAGAAGUACUGGUUCUCACCGCUGAACUAGAUAAGCAAUAAUUUUAGCGGAUGCCAAAAAUAAGUAUCCUCCGGUACUUGUAUUGUUUUCAUCGUACAAGUCGACAGUAAUUACACGUUUUAACGUGAUUUAAUAUCAUCCCUAACUAUCCAAGUACAGGAUUUUAAUAACGAUGACAUUAAAGUCCCUAACGAAGUUACGUACAGCUGGGAACUUUCCUCUAAUAAUAUCAAAUAACAUCCGAACUAUACAAUGUCUUUGAACGACAGCGUUAUAUCGUUUUUAUUUGCUCUAACUUCUGACGUGGAACGAUCGAACGGCUAAAUGUUGAGAGUAUAUCGAAUUAUACCGAACAGACGAAGCGGACAGAGCGAAACAUUCGGAAGAACUUCAUUUCUCGCGUUAAAUCGCGCAACCGUUUAUCGUGUUGUCGCGUAGUUCAAUUUAUCACGGCAUUAAAUCUCGUUUUAUGCUAUGCCCUCCUGGUCUUGUUUGCGAAAAUAUUAAGACGCUUCUAGGGGAGAAGUAAGUUUUCGCAGGUGUCACAACUUGUGAAAUAUGCGUAUGCGCGAGCAGAAAUUUCUCUCGCUAAUCAGAACGAUAAAAUUGUCGUUAAAUAUUUUGAAUCGUUGAUUUGGCGAGAUGCGCGUGAUUUUAUUGGUCGAGUUGCGAUACGGACUGGUUUGCGGGGGUUAAAGAGGAGGGUUGGGUGCGUAGUAGAUGGGCGCGUGGUGCAAAGGUGAGCAACUCGAGAGACGUCACUUGUUCACGAUCUGGCGAACGGUGCGCUUUUAAGAUUAUCCCUCGCAUGGGGGGAGGGAGGCGCCAGCGUUAUUACUGUUUUCCACACGUCAUUGAUUCCGGCUGGAAUUGUCGAGAUUCGAGCAACAGAUGAAUUUAUCCUUUGCCGACGAAUACCGAAGGGAUUUCUAUGAAGCGAAUAUCUGUCAUUUAUGGGAAGAUUAUUAAUUGUUUUCCAAGUGACUUAAAACGGAACAGAGGGCAAAGUGAUUUAUUUCUGUCGCAAACGGUGAUUAAGAUUCGUGAACGAUGGAUGUGUCGGAUAAAUAUUCGUUUUACGAGAACAUUAGCGACGAAUUGGAAUACUUGGAAAAAAUACGCGGUCCUAAGUAUUUAUCUUUAACGUUGGUCGUGCCUGUUACCCUUACGUACGUUAUCAUCUUCGUAACCGGAUUUGUUGGCAAUGUGAUCACUUGCAUCGUUAUAUGGAGGAAUCCGACCAUGCAGACACCGACGAAUUAUUACUUGUUCAAUUUGGCGGUAUCCGAUCUGCUGUUUUUAAUACUGGGUUUACCCUUUGAAUUGAGCGUAUUUUGGCAACAAUAUCCAUGGCAAUGGGGACUAGGCAUAUGUAAACUGAGAGCGUACGUCUCCGAAACGUCCUCUUACGUGUCGGUACUAACUAUAGUGGCAUUCUCAGUAGAAAGAUAUUUGGCAAUUUAUCAUCCCCUUCGUCAUUAUGGAAGUGGUCUGAAGCGUUCUAUACGAUCUAUAUUUGGUGCAUGGUUGAUAGCUUUGAUUUUUGCCAUGCCAUUCGCUGCUUACAUUGACAUAGAUUACGUUGAAUAUCCACAAAACUCGAAACGAAACUCGGAAGAAUCCGCGAUUUGCGCGAUGCUGAAGGAAAACAUGCCAAAUUUUCCUCUUUACCAGCUUAGCUGUAUCUUCUUCUUUCUCAUACCCAUGGUGUUUAUCGCGGUGCUUUACGUGAGGAUAGGGUUACGAAUACAAAGUGAUACCCUCGCGCAAAACGUCGAGGGAUACGUUCAUGGUGAAACCAAACAAGCCCAGUCGCGGAAAACCAUCACACGGAUGCUGAGUGCCGUAGUGAUCACAUUUUUCAUCUGUUGGGCGCCAUUUCACAUUCAACGAUUAUUAUACGUGUACGAAGAUUCGACGUAUGAUGACAUAAACCAGUGGGUGUACCCGCUCACUGGUUGCCUUUACUACUUCAGCACCACCAUCAAUCCCAUCCUGUAUAAUGUGAUGAGCGCGAAAUAUCGGAAUGCUUUUAAGGAAACAUGUCGAUGCUCCCCUAGUAAUCCAUCCAUUAGCAGAGUUGGCCUGAGUAGCAUGAGAGAUUCCAGUACAAUUUGUGGUGUCAGGCCUAGUCAAGCAUCUCAGGUGUUUCGAGAAAGAAGCGUAAAUAGCCAACGACAUGGGAUGUACAGCGCUUCGGAUCCUGUGGAAAACAAGUCGCACGAGGCAGCUCAAUUACAGCCAGACGAUGGAGAGGAUGAAAAGCGAAUGAAUAACGUACCUGCUAACUGUUCUUUGACAGCAGACAAAGACACUAACGAAAUCGGUGCUUCGAGAUAUUUGCAACAGACAAAAAGAUCAUCGAUCCUAAUACACGCGAAAAACAGACGUCUGAAAUAUCAAGUGUCUGACGAAGAUGAAACUCCCUCGAAUGAAACGGGAAUGGAAUAUCUUAUGACCCAAAAUUCGAAAAAACAGAAUGAAAAAUAUAUUAAAUAUGAUAAUAUGAAACUACAAUCUGAUAAAGAAAUGGAAGAAUCUCUUUGUAGCUCACAAAACUUUUAUUUGAAGUUGUCACAAGAUUCUACUAUAUCUCAUUCUCAAGAAGUAAAUGAUGAUGAAGAUAUAAUAGUAAUAAGUGAUUCUAGCUCUAAUUCAAUUUGUUCUGUUUCUAAGCAUUCUUCCACAUCAAAAGUGGCAUCAAAUAAACAUAUUCCAACAGACAAUAAGAUUUAUAUUCUAGAUUCUUCAGAUUCUGAGUCUUCAAAGACUACAGAUAAAAAGUAUUUCAAAACAUGCAAGAUAAAUGAAAAAUUGCAGUUUGUUAGUAAUUACAAAGAAAGAAAAGAUAUUGCAGAAGACAAUGAGAUAUUAUAUACAUCUGAUGAAUCUUCCAGUAUUGAGUAUAUCAAAGAAGAUAUACCUUCUAUAUCUUCUAAUAAAACUAGUAGCACUUAUGUCAGUUCUACUACAGAAAACAUUGUUAAAAACAUGGCAGAUACAAAUGUCAAAUCUCAUAGCAAUACUAUUAAUAAUGAUGUUAAUAAUUCUAAGAAUUCUGGUAGUAUUGCUCGAUCAUUUAAAACUGCAUCUGCUACGAAUAGGAAAUGCAUUGAUUUUAAGAAGAAACUUUCACGAGAAGAUGCUAAAAAUAUUCUAAAAAAUAUACAAUCUUCACGACUAAUAUAUGAAUCACCAAAAAUUAGAAAAGAAAAAAAUGUUGCGCUGGGUAAGGAGAUAGAUGACAAUGUCAUACAUCCAGCUAUUUCACCAAAAAAUAAGUUAAAAACAAACAAUAUAGUUAUUGAUGAAGAUCCAAUAGAUUCUGAGACUGAUAUUAUUCAAGGCUCUCAGGUGAAUCUAACAAAUCCUUAUAGAACCCAUGUUAGUAAAUUUUUGAGUAAAACAUGUGCAAAAGAAGAUCAAGGGCCAACAUAUACUGAACUAUCAGAGAGGAAGAAAAAACAGAUUUCACAAUGGCUCAUGGCUAAUUCACAAAGUGAUUCCCAAAGUGAUAGUUCACCUGGUAUUGUGCCUCUUACUAAUACAAAUGAUAUAAGUUCUGGUAAUAGUAGUCUGGAAAGAUUAGAGAUGAACUAUGAAACUCCAAAUAAUAGGGGAAGGAUACAUCAGUUUCCUGUAAGAGAAAGUAAAACUACAAACCCAGAUUAUAAUAAAACAUCUUACCAUACAGUUCCGUGUCAGAAUACAAUAAAUGAAUUUGUCCAUAGAACAAAACAUAAUGAUCUUGAGCUCCCUACAUUUAAAAGAAGUCAUAUUGAUAAUAAUGUGUCAACUCCAACGAAUUCUACAAUGAAUGUACCACAAAACAUAGAUAUCAUGGAUUGUGCAGAUAUAUUAGAUAAAUUAUAUGGCAAAUCUUGGCGCAAUAAAGCUGAUGUAUUGUUUCCAAACUCUGAACCACGUAAACAAAUAAUUACAACAAAAAAUAGAGCAGUUCAAACUGAUAGAAAGUUUACAAAGAGGGAAAGAUUUUACAUACCAGAUUCAGAUGACGAUUUUAGCGCAUCUCUAAACGAUUUGAAAUUACGAAAUUCAUCAACAAAAAAGGAUGUGCGGAAAAAUACGAAAAGGAGAGAUAACUUUAUUAAAGAUGAAACAUCAUCAGAAAGUGGAUGUGAAAGUUUGUACUAUACUGCAUUGACGAAUCCAAGGGUAUCAAAAAAUAGUACGCAAUCAAAACUGACAGCUCCAGCAAUUGCACGGCGAGUUCUUGCAAUAUGUGAUUCAGAUACUGAAGAUGAAGGUAAUAUACAUAAUGAUAAUCAAAUAUUUAACAUAAGAAGAAGAAAAUUGUCAUUUAGUAAUGAUGAAAGUGAAGGCUCGAACACUAGUGAAUUUGAUCCUGGUGAUGAUGUACCACCAAAGUCUACAAUUAAGAAAACUUCUACUAAAGCUAAACAGCAAUUAUUUAAAUUAAACACUCAAAGCAAAUUAACUUCUGAUAAUUCAAAGUGUGAAAGACGUACCAGCUUCCUGGCAUCUUUGACUCAAAGUGUUUCUCUUGCUAAUGUACAUCCAGAUGCUAAGAAAUACAGAUUAGAUUAUAAAAAUAACAAAGAAGAUUUGUGCAAUUAUUUGUAUAAAUUAUAUAAUGAAAAAGUAUUUGAUAAUGAGUUACCAAAAGACAUGUCAAUGGAGUGGAAUGUUCGUAUGAGAGGAACUGCUGGUUUUUGUUAUAACAAAAAAUCAGUGAGAACACUUGGUGGUAUUGUAAGAUCUUCACGAAUAGUUUUGGCAACAAAGAUUUUAGAUACUCCAGACAGACUUAGAGAUACCUUAAUUCAUGAAAUGUGUCAUGCAGCUGCAUGGUUGAUAAAUGGGGUUUCUGAUGGACAUGGUCCAUUUUGGACAAAAUGGGCCAAUAAAGCUAUGAAAACAUUUCCUGAACUACCACCGAUAAGAAGGUGUCAUGAUUACGAAAUUAAAACAAAAUUUACAUAUAAAUGUGUAGGCUGUGGAUACAGUAUUGGUAGACAUUCCAAAUCUUUGGAUAUCGAAAAAAAACGAUGUGGUCAUUGCUAUGGAAAAUUCGAAUUAUUAUUAAACAAGACAACAAAAUCUGGGACUGUACAAAUGCAAACUCCAAAAAGAGAACUUUCGGCGUUUGCGCUUUAUGUUAAAGAAAACUAUAAUUCUGUAAAAAAAGAACGUAACAUAAAACAUGCUGAAGUAAUGAAAAUUUUAGGUCAGCAAUUUUCGGAAAUUAAGAUUGCAAAGAAACAAGAAAAUUUUGGAAAUAAUCCAAAUACUUCUAGUUAAAUAAGUGACCGAAAACAUAUUUAGCAUUUAUGUAAAAUGCUUCUUAUAUUUUAUACAGAUUGCGUAUUUUAUAGAACUUAAUCAUUCUUAUUUUAUGUGAACACUUUAUGAUUGGCACAACUGACAUGUUUUACCAUUGCUGGCAUUGGAGUAUAAAUAGUAAAACGAAAUGUUUAUUAUACACAAGAUAGGGUUAUUAUAUUAUAGCAAAUAUGAUCUUUAAAUCGAUGAAUUGUAUAGACGUGGUGACAACUUGUAAAAGUUGUUAGCGAAAAUUCUUAAUAAAUGACGUAUAUAAAUUAAA